UUCAGGCUGGCAGAGAGAAGGAGCCGUGGGUGCUGGGCAGAGCUGGGGGGACACUGGGAGCAGGUCAGGGCCACCUUCGGGGACCAAGCACCCCCUGAGGGAAAGUGGCUUGAAGGGACCUGGGUACAGGACAGGGCUGGGAAGAAGCAAGGAGAGCAGGGGCACCCCUGGGAGCUGGGGUCCCCCUGGUGCUCAGGGCCAUGCAGGAGGAUCUGGGCUGGCCCCAGCCCCUCGGGGACUGAGCUGGGACACCCACAGACACGGCACGGGGCUGGCUCCAGCCAUGGGGUGCCCGUGGCAGCUCCCCGGCUCCUGCACGCUGCUGCUCCUGCUGCUCGCGAUCCCGAUGCUUUGGGUGCGAGCAACGCAUCCCGACUGCUCUGUCGUCCUCUAUUUCCAAGAGCAAGAGGCUGAGUGCUUGGAGAUUAUCAAGAGUGAAAGCCGAAAUCCAGCCCCCCCCACCGCCCACGGGCAGCAAGGCUGCCAGACGGCGUGGGACGGAGUAAGCUGCUGGCCAGCUGUGCCCGUCGGUCAAUCCCAAGCCGUCGCCUGUCCCGACAUCCUGCACGUCUUCAAGAAGUCCAAAGCGCUGAUCCAGAGGAACUGCACCGAGGCAGGAUGGAGCCUCCCCAGCCCACCCUACUACAACGCCUGCGAGCUGGAGGACAUCAGGAGUGGCAACGACACUGAGGCCAAGAAAGGCUACUUUGUCACCAUGAAGGUGCUUUACACCUGCGGCUACUCCACAUCCCUGGCAGCCCUGUUCCUGGCCAUUGGCAUAUUCUCCUGCUUCAGGAAGCUGCACUGCACCAGGAACUCCAUCCACAUCCACUUCUUCACCUCCUUCAUCCUGCGUGGGGCUGCCGUGUUCAUCAAGGAUGCUGUCCUCUUCUCAGACGAGUCCAUUGACCACUGCACAAUGUCAACGGUGAACUGCAAAGCAGCCAUCGCCUUCUUCCAGUACUCGGUCCUGGCUAACUUCUACUGGCUGCUGGUGGAGGGCAUGUACCUGCAGACCCUCCUGCUGCUCACCUUCACCUCCGACAAGAGUUACAUCUGGUGGUACAUCCUCAUCGGCUGGGGUGUCCCCAUGCUGACGGUGUGCGUGUGGGUGGCCACCAGGCUGCAGUACGACAACCAUGGCUGCUGGGAUGACUACACCAGCCGGUUCUGGUGGGUGAUCAAGGCUCCCAUCCUCCUGGCCAUAUUUGUGAACUUCCUCAUCUUCCUCAACGUUACCAGGAUGUUAGCACAGAAGAUAAGGUCCCCAGACAUCAGCAAAAACUAUAAGCAGCAGUACAUGAGGCUGACCAAGUCCACGCUGCUCCUGAUCCCCCUCUUCGGGGUGCACUACGUGGUGUUCGCGCUCUUCCCCGAACACAUCGGUGUGGAUGCCCGGCUGUACUUUGAGCUGGUCCUCGGCUCCUACCAGGGGUUCCUGGUGGCUCUGCUGUACUGCUUCCUGAACGGGGAGGUCCAGGCUGAGAUCAAGAGGAACUGGGGCAAGUGGCAGUCGUCCAUGGAGAGCAACGUCUUCAACCUGGCCACCCAAGACUUCACAGCAUGACAAGGAUGGCGUCUGGGGGGAAAUUUCUCCCUGUGGAUGGUGGUGGUGGUGCAGCUCCAUGAGUACAGCCCCAAGAACCACAGUAAAAGGGGAUUUGUAGGUUCUGGGUCUUGCACCUUCAGAGGCUGAUGUGAGCAGCCCAUGGGGAAAGGCUCUGCCCACUUGGGUGCUGGUGUCUGUGGAGGCUUCUUACUGAUACGUGCUGGGGUCUCACCUACCCAGAGCUCCACGUGCAAUUCACUCAGCAAGGCAAAGCAUGCUUCUCCUCCUUUUCUGCCCUGGGGCUGGCUAGGAAACACACAUAUUUUAAAAACAACAUCUGGCAUUUUUCAUUUGUCACCAGAAUGGAAACUGAAGUGGCCCCAGUGCUGAAGGGAUUUACCAAUGUUUUUUCCCUCCCUCUUUUAUUUACAAAAUCAUUUCCCUUAGGGGAAGAUGCCUAAACAUAGCCCCUGGCAGCCAUGCUGGGGGUGGGAGAAGCAAAUACAAAGACAAACCAAACCCAACAGCUCUACAAUCCCCCAGUGCUCCCAUUACUCACAUCCUCCCCGUAUUUCUGAGAUGUUUCCCCUAUUCCCAUGCCUGCCACUUCGGCCACUCAGUGCCCAGCACCAGAGGGAUGGGAUGGUUUGCCAGGAACUGGUGGGCAUUUGCCGAUAAAAUCUUAUUCUGUAAUCCAGCACUGCUUUUCAGAGGCUUGUUUGCUGCACAAACCCAGACCACAAACUCAGUGCCAAGCUUGCUAGCUGAUGGAAACCCUGCCGUCAAUGGUAACACCUGGAAAUACCUCUGGAGAACGAACAUCUGUUUUUUGUAUGUCUGGUAAAGCGUCCAGGCUCUGGGCGAGGGACAAGGGAUAGAGAGGACACAGCAGGACCACAGGAGGGAUGCGGCUGGGCUGGGCUGGGGGUGCCAGUGUGCCAUGGCCUGCAGGCAUCAGCUCUGCCCGGCGUCCCCUCCAGGCAGAGUUGCCCCCAUGCCACAGCCUGUCCCAUUUGCCCCACAAGCAGCCCUCACUUGCCCCACGCUAAGCUCCUGCCUUGGCAAACAGCAUCUCCAGUAGCAAGAAAGGCCUCGGAUGCCCUUUCCCAAACCUCCCCCAGCCGCGCUGCUUUCCUGAGACCCGAGCCAUCCG